AUUAGACCCCAUGUUUUUAAACCAACAAUCUCUCUCUCUCUCUCUCUCUCUCUCUCUCUCUCUCUCAUUAUUUUUUUAUGAAUUUAUUUUCUUGUUUUUAGAUUCUUGAAUUUCGAAUGAAUCCAUUUUCCCAGUAGCUUACAGGUUCCUGUUUUUAUGAUUCUCUGAAAAAAAGGAAAGAAAAGAAAACUGAUAGAAGAUAAAGAAAGUAUAUUAACUCCACCAUGAAUGCUUCCUUGCUUCAUCGACACCCAUUUUUUUAAAAUUUUUGAUCCUUUUCUCUCUCUCUUUGUUGUUGCCCAUCAUUUAUAACUUAAACAAAACUGACCUACCAAGCAAAGAAAACCCAAAAGCCAAAAAAAAAGAAGAAAAAUGGUUCAUCACCAUUGGACAUGAACAUGCUCUAUUUUGCUUGAAAAGCACACUUCUAUGCUCUUUAAACCUUAAUCCCCUUUCCUUCCCCUUUUACUGUGCUUUUCUCUCUUUGGGUUUUCAUCAUUUUUUUCAAAUUAAACAAUACCCAGAUUCAAGUUCCUUUUAGUUUUUUCAAAUGUGUAAAGGUCCUUCUCAGCAGCAAGACAAUGAACCCAUGCCGAGCUUCAAGAGAUUACGGCUCUUUGAGCCGUCUGUUGGGGUUCUUGGCUUCUUUCUUGCUGCUGUUUGUGUGAUUUGUUGUUUCUUUUACUUGGAUUAUAGAGCUGUGGUUAAAGGGUACAGGGUUCCAACUCAGUCAGAUAGAUUCAUGUGGCUUAAACUAGAUGGGUCUUCUUCUUCUUCUUCUUCUUCUUCUUCAAGUGAGAUUGUCAAAAGAGUUGAUUUCUUGAGUUUUGAAGGUGAAGGAUGUGACGUGUUUGAUGGUGAUUGGGUCUGGGAUGAAACGUACCCCCUUUACGAAUCUCGUGAUUGUAGCUUUCUUGAUGAAGGGUUUAGGUGUACUGAAAAUGGACGGCCAGAUAUGUUCUACACUAAAUGGAGAUGGCAGCCUAAGCAUUGUAACCUCCCCAGGUUUGAUGGAAAAGUGAUGUUAGAGAUGUUGCGGAACAAGCGAUUGGUUUUCGUGGGUGAUUCCAUUGGAAGAAACCAAUGGGAAUCACUCCUCUGCAUGCUUGCUUCUGCAGUUGCUAAUAAAGAUUCAAUAUAUGAAGUGAAUGGCAAUCCGAUUACAAAGCAUAAAGGGUUCUUGAUAUUCAAGUUCAAGGAUUACAAUUGUACCGUUGAGUACUACCGAUCUCCUUUCCUUGUUGUACAAAGCAGGCCACCUGCCGGGUCUCCGCAAAACAUCAAGACAACCCUUAAGUUGGAUCGAAUGGAUUGGAAUUCAUUUAGGUGGAAAGAUGCCGAUUUGUUGGUCUUCAACACCGGCCAUUGGUGGAACUACGAGAAGACCGUUAGAGGGGGAUGUUACUUUCAAGUCGGGGAAAAAAUCGAAACCAAGAUGACCAUAGAACAUGCGUAUCAGAGGUCUUUGGAGACUGUGAUGCAGUGGCUACGCAACGAGGUGAAUAUGAGUAAGACCAAGGUCUACUUCCGCACUUUCGCUCCCGUACAUUUCAGAGGAGGGGAUUGGAGAACCGGGGGAAGCUGCCACCUCGAGACUUUGCCGGAGCUGGGAACAACAUUAGUGCCAUCGGAAACUUGGGAGCUUCUCGAAAUAGUAAAGGAUGUGUUAUCACCUCACUCAAACACAUCCCAUGGAAUAAAAUUCGACAUAUUAAACAUCACUCAAAUGACAGCACCAAGGAAAGACGGGCACGCGUCGCUAUACUAUUUAGGUCCCAAGGAAAGCCCGGCUCCGAUUCAUCGGCAAGACUGCAGUCACUGGUGCUUACCCGGAGUGCCCGACGCAUGGAACGAGCUACUCUAUGCUGUGUUCCUCAAGCAAUCCACCAAUCACACAUUCAACUCAUCAUCAACAUUAUGAAGCAACAAAGGCGUGUGAUUCUCCAUUGUUGAAACCUCUUAAUUUAAAUACACCAUCAUCACCUAUACAGAAAGAUAGACGAAAUUUUUACAAUGAAUUUUGGAAUAGGAUCACAGGUUGUUGGUCCAUCAUUUUGGCAGUGUUAGAAAAUGUAAUAUUUGAUUGAAGGACGCUCAAUUUUGGGAAUAAAGUUGUAUGACAAAUUUAUACCAUUGAAUUGGGUAUCCUUGGAGAAAAAAAAAAUGUAAUUAUAUUUUUCUUUUUAAUUUUUUUUCUUAUUAAUUUUGUAUAAUAAAUGAAUAAAAAAAAGGUUAAUGAUUUGAUA